GGCCACUGUUUAUAGGAGAUAUUCAUUUAGUGGAGACAUGACAUCAACCCAGAGGAGUGAAGGGAUGAACAAUGUCUUCAAGAAAACAUUUCGUGGAAGACUCUCGCUUUCGGAAUUGCUAGAAAAAAUUGACAAGUGUGUUGUUCGUCUUCGCCGGAAGGAGAAGUAUGAAGACUUUAAGUCUCGUCAUUCAGAUCCAGUUCUCUGCAUACGUAGACAUCCUUUGUUGAAGGCAGCAGCUGCGUCAUACACGCGGACACUAUAUUCUUUUUUUGAAGAAGAAUUCCAGAGGCAGUUUACUUUGUCAUGCACUCUGCUGUUGAGUGAAACUACAACUAACACUUACAAAGUAACAUCUUUUUUCCGUGAGGACAAAGAAGCCAUAGUGGUUCUUAACCCAACAACAUUGGAUAUAUCUUGUUCAUGCAAGUUGUAUGGAUGUGUAGGUAUCCUAUGCAAGCACGCUCACAAAGUGUUCACUUCUUGCAAUAUUAUCACCUUGCCAAGCCAAUACAUACUGAACAGAUGGACAAAAUAUGCAAAACAAGAUAUCUUUAGUUCUAAGCCAAGGGGAAAUGAAAGCUUAGAAUUCCUCUUUGCACAUGUAUCUCGAAAGAUGAUAUCUCUUGCAUUGAAGUGUAAACCAUCAAAGGAGGUUCUUCGACACCUAGACGAGGGUAUUGAUAAGUUGGCUUCUGAAGCAUGUGAGUUACUUAGUAAGGUGAGCUUGGAGGAUAACGAGGACGUAGAAUGUGACGCCGAAUUUAAUGAAGAUGCUGAAAAUACAGUGGUGUCAAUUCAAGCUCCUGUUCGUAAAAAAGGACCAUCAAAAAAGCGAUCAAAAGAUCCACUUGAGGGACCAAAGAAAGGAAAAGCUAAAGGUGGAAAAAAGAAAGGUAUGUCUUCUACUUAUUUAUCUAGCUCUGAAUAAUUUAUUAUGUCUAUGAUUUCAUAGAUGCAUAUAUACAUGAAAAAACGUGAUGCAGGGGA